GGCCAGGUAAACUGUCAGCUUCCGCGGGAGUCUCAGGUCUGAAAGCAGGUGGGUUGCAGUCGUGACUCAGACACGUGGGGCCUCUGACCUCCAGUCCAUCUGGCUGAAUAGACAGAAAGGAGUCCUUCUCAUCCUUCAGUGGACCCAUCUGCUCGGUUAAGGAGCCACCGUGGUGCCAGGGGUGGAACCAGUGUUCAGCCUGCCGUGAAGAGGUCCUGGAAGAGCCAUGGCAGGUGUCUGUGACACAGCCCCUAAUUUCCUUUCCCCAUCUGAAGACCAGACCUUGGGACCUGCCCUUGGCAGUGCAGUUGCUUUGAAUUGCACAGCUUGGGUGGUCUCUAGGCCCCAGUGCCUCCAGCCAUCAGUGCAAUGGCUAAAAGAUGGUUUGACACUGGGCAAUGGAAGCCACUUCAGCCUCCAUCAGGACUUCUGGGUCAGCACCAACUUCUCAGAGAUUGUUUCCAGUGUUCUGGAGCUCAAUUUGACCAAUGCUGAGGACUAUGGAACCUUCACCUGUUCUGUCUGGAAUGUCAGCUCCCACUCCUUCACUCUUUGGCGAGCUGGCCCUGCUGGCCAUGUGGCUGCAGUGCUGGCUUCCCUCCUUGUCCUGGUGGUUCUGCUGCUGGUGGCUCUGCUCUAUGUUAAGUGUCGUCUGAACGUGCUGCUUUGGUACCAAGACACUUAUGGAGAGGUGGAGAUGAACGAUGGGAAGUUAUACGAUGCGUACGUGUCCUAUAGCGACUGCCCAGAGGACCGCAAAUUUGUAAAUUUUAUUCUGAAGCCUCAGUUGGAGCGGCGUCGGGGAUACAAGCUCUUCCUGGAGGACCGCGACCUCUUGCCGCGCGCGGAGCCCUCUGCCGACCUUUUGGUGAACCUGAGUCGCUGUCGGCGUCUCAUUGUGGUUCUUUCAGAUGCCUUCCUGAGCCGGCCCUGGUGUAGCCAGAGCUUCCGGGAGGGACUGUGCCGCCUGCUGGAGCUCACCCGCAGACCUAUCUUCAUCACCUUUGAGGGCCAGAGGCGUGAACCCAUGCAUCCUGCUCUCCAUCUCCUGCGCCAGCACCGCCACCUUGUGACCCUGCUGCUUUGGAAGCCUGGCUCCGUGACACCUUCCUCUGAUUUUUGGAAAGAGCUACAGCUGGCACUGCCACGGAAGGUGCAAUACAGGCCCGUGGAGGGAGACCCUCAAACCCGACUUCAGGAUGACAAAGAUCCCAUGCUAAUCGUGAGAGGACGUACUGCCCAGGGCCGGGGCGUGGAGUCAGAGCUGGAUCCAGACCCUGAGGGAGACCUGGGUGUCCGGGGACCUGUCUUUGGGGAGCCACCGACUCCACUGCAUGAAAGCAGGGUCUCCAUAGGAGAGGGCCAUGACAGUGAGAUGGAUGUCUCUGACCUUGGCUCUCGAAACUACAGUGCACGGACAGACUUCUACUGCCUUGUGUCUGAGGAUGAUGUGUAGCCCGCAUCCUAGCAGCCCAGAUCAUGGCGGCAGCUUCCAGGGUAGAGGCAGGCACCUCUUUUUCCUAGGACCACAACCCUUGCCUCUAUCCCUGGGCCCCUCAGGAAAGGAGUGUCACAAAAUAAAAUCCUCUUGGUUCCUGCCUGG